GGGCGGGGCGGGGCGCGCGGGAGAUUUGAACUUUCUGCCGUCUGUGCCCGCGCGGAGGUGAACUUACCACCCUGCAGUCUCCUCAGCGGGCCCCGCAGCGAGGUGGGCCACAGUGCUGGCUCGGCGAUGGUGGAAGGACCAGGCUGUACUCUGAAUGGAGAGAAAAUUCGGACGCGGGUGCUCCCGGGCCAGGCGGUGACCGAGGUGCGGGGUACCGCUCUGCCCAGCCUGCAGGGUGCGGCGUUGGCCCUUGCAGCCUCCGCAGCUGUGGCCUCUUCCCAGGAUUCUGCAUUGAAUGAUAAUAAUUAUUACAUCCAGAAUUUCUCAAAACAAUUUCAUGGAUAUGUUUACAGUGGUGUGGAAUCUUUGGGGAAGGAGCUCUUCCUGUACUUUGGGCCAAAAGCUGUACGGAUUCAUUUUGGAAUGAAGGGUUUCAUCAAGAUCAAUCCACUUGAGUAUAAAAACAAAAAUGGAGUUUCUCCUGUUUUUGAAGUGCAGCUCACCAAAGAUUUGAUUUGUUUCUUUAACUCAUCAGUAGAACUCAGAAACUCAAUGGAAAGCCAACAGAGAAUAAGAAUGAUGGAAGAAUUAGAUGUGUGUUCACCAAAGUUUAGUUUCUCAAGAGCAGAAACUGAAAUAAUAAAGCAGAAAGGUCGAAUGCUAUGUGAUGUGCUACUGGAUCAAAAAGUGUUGCCUGGAGUAGGGAACAUCAUCAAAAAUGAAGCUCUCUUUGACAGUGGUGUCCACCCAGCUGUUAAGGUUUGUCAGUUAACAGAUAAACAGACCCAUCACCUUGUGAAAAUGGUACGUGAUUUCAGCAUUCUGUUUUACAAGUGUCUCAAGACAGGAUUGGCUAUCUCAAAACACUAUAAGGUUUACAAGCGUCAUAAUUGUGGUCAGUGUCACUGCAAAAUAACUGUGUGUCGCUUAGGGGAAAAUAAUAGAAUGACAUAUUUCUGCCCUCAUUGUCAAAAAGAAAAUCCUCAACUUAUUGACAUAUGCAAGCUGCCAUCUAGAAAUACUGUCGUUGGUUGGAAAUCUAGCAGAGAGGAUCAUCUUAUGGACUCUGUGGCUCAGAAAUCUGAAGAGCAAUGGGUCUGUGUCGCCUGCACACUGAUAAAUAAGCCCUCUUCUAAAGCAUGUGAUGCUUGCUUGACCUCAAGGCCUGUUGAUUCACUGUUCAAGAAUGAAGAAAACUCUGUUGCCUUUAACAGUUUAGUAAAGUACCCUUGUAAUAGCUUUGGAAAGCCACAUACAGAACUGAAGAUCAACAGGAAAACUGCAUUUGGAACUACAACCCUUGUCUUGACUGAUCUUAGCAAUAAAUCCAGUACUUUGGAAAGAACAAAAAGCCCAAACCAGAUACUAGAUGGGGAAUUUCAAAACUCACCUUCUACUAACAUUUCUUUUAUUGAGGCACAGUACCCCUCUAAGGAGAGAACAAACUAUGUAGCUCAACCCUCUAACAAAGUAAAGAUAGCACCUACAGUCUUCUCUCAAUCUAAAUUAUUCAGUCCUGCACAUAAAAAAUUGAAAACAACCCACUACUCAUCAUUAGACCUCCAAAGUUGCAAGCCUGGAUUUUCUAACAGUGCACAGCAUAACAUGGAGAGUCUGCAGCGUGUGUAUGUGUUGAAUAUAAGAACACCAGGACUGGGACUCCACAAUCAAUCAAGAUCAACUAGCAGAAUAAAUGUCAAGUGAUGAAAUAAAUUCACCCAGCAGCCCUUCUGCACCCAGCUACUUUACAAGGAAUAAAUUGUAAAUUACUGUCAUUUAUUUCAUUUUUCUCCUUGUCUAGCAGCUACUGUGUUCAUCUUGUGGACAAGAUGCUUAGUAGAAGCCUACAAUAUAAUACUAUUAAAGCAGGUAGCCCACUCAGAAUUUAUAGCCAGUUUAUUUGUUGUUUAAUAACUAUAGGGUAAUUAAUUAGACUGCUGUUCUCUUAAUUACUGAUCUCAUCACCACAAGAUGCAAGCUAUGAUAUGACAUAUUUCCAGACCAAUAUUUAGAUAUUCUUGAAUGUCAUACAGCUACUGAAUACUAAAUUGGAUGAAUGAACCAACUUUCAAGUAGUCCAGAAGGACUACUGAAAACACGUUUCAGUCUUUAAUCCAGUUAUUGUAAACACAAACACAGUGAUAUAUUUUCAGAGAAAGCAUGCACUUUGGGUUGAAAUUUUUCUUGAGUUGAUGCAAAGCCUCAUAUAGAAGACUGAAAUGACACAAAAAAUCUUCAACAUUGUCUCAUGUCUGCUACCAUGAGGGAUGCUAAGUGUCUGCCUCUAGUCACUGGUGCAAGUACUUAUACCUUCUACUUGUUUCAGGGCCACCUUUUGGAGUUUUCAAUCCCUAAUAAUUUCAGAACUAUCUGGGUCAUCCAGGAUGGGUCAUUUAACUUCCUGCUUUUUUUAUUUUUUAAAGAUUUAUUUAUUUGACAGGCAAUAUGACAGGGAGAAAGGGAAAGAUAGAGAUCUUCCACCUACUGGUUCACUCCCCAGAUGACUGCUGUGGGACUGGGCUAGACAGAAGCCAGGAGCCUGGGACUCCAUUCAGGUCUCCUACAUGGGUGGCAGAGGCCCAAGUAGAUGGGCCGUCUUCUGCCACUUUCCCAGGCACGUGAGCAGGGAGACAUAUCGGAAGCAGAGCAGCUGAGACUGAAACCGGCACACUGAUAUGGGAUGCCAACAUCACAGGCACCAGCUUACCCACUGCAGUUUGUUUUAAUGCUUGAGAUAUUCCUAGAUUACAACAUAAGCAUUCAUGGAGCCUUAUCAAUUAAAAGAUUUCAGGCAACAUUUUUAUUAUAUGGCAUCACCCUAUCUGCAAAAUAAGUUAAACUGUCAUGAAUUGAUUAUGGAAAAAAUAUUCACUUUAAAAUUACAAACCUGUGCUUGGGAAUGUCUUUGUAUCUUCAUGAUAGUAUUUAUCUGAUUGCCAUGCAAUUUCAUUUCUUUAUUAAUAAGUAUUUGUUGAGAACCUCUUAUCUCUUAAGCAUUGUUUUUGUCUCUAAUGACUUGUCUUUCAGCAGACUACAGCCAAGUCCGGCCUGCCACCGGUUUGCAUAAAUAAAAAUUUUCCCACUUAGGUAUUUUUGAUGGCUGUUUUUCAUGCUGCAAACAACAGAGUGAAGUAGUUGUGGCUGAAACCAUUAGACACAUAAGCCUAAAAUGUGUAUUAUCUGAAAGGUUUACCAACCCCGUUGAUUAUAGGGAUUUACCAAGCCCUGAUCUAUAAUAGUUCAUUUAUAACCCAGUAUUAAUAUAGACAAUGGUGGUCCUAACCAUCAACAUAAGUGAAGAUACUCUAUAAGCUAAAUUUGCCUCACGAAAUGCUGUCCAAUAUUUUAGAAAGUUUUCAAAUAAUGAUUGAAACAAACAAGCCAAAAUAUCCUCAACUGAUCAGGAUAAUGUUUUAAUUAUUCUGGAUAAUGGUUUCUAUUAUAAAAUUAAGAUUAGGCUAUGCAUAUUUAGAGCUGAUGUGAUCACAGGAGGCCUCCCUAUCUUAGUUUCUUUAACUCACUCGGUGCUUCCCAGCUUAAUGUGCAUAUAAAUCACUUGGGAAUCUUGUUAACAUUCAGACUCUAAUUCUGUAGCAAUCUGGAACAAGGGCGGAUAAUUCUGUAAUUUUAAUGAGCUCUCAGGUGAUGUUAAUGCUCCUAGAAAGUGGACGACACUCUGAGUACCAAAGAUAAGAGAUUUUUUGAAUAUUGAUUUCUUUAUACCAAGGAAGAAACUGGAUGGAAGACACAAUUGAACUAAAAGAAGACAUUGGGGACUUUCCUUUUCUCCUUAAUCCACCUUUGCCCCUCUUCCCAGAAAAGCAUUAAUAGUGAACAGUUUUAACCUCUCUUGGGUAUGUGGAAUCCUGAAGAUGGGUUAGACAACAUUGAACUGGUUUUUAUCUAGAACAGUCACCCUUAAAAUAAUAUAUGAAACUGUAUUUUUAUGUGUGCAUAGUUUCAAGUAGGAAAGCAUUUAAUUGUUUCUAUCAUUAAAUUAUUUCUCCUAUUUUAAUAUUUAAAAUAACACUAUAAGCCACUUCCAUUUUGAAAUCUCUUGACUUUACCUAGAUAUUUAGCUUCCCUAGAAUUUGAAAUUUUAACACUGCCUCCUUUGCUGCAGUCUGGUGAAAUGGAAGGUUGUAGAAAAAAAAGUGCUUUGCUUCUCAGCCUUCCUCUUUCUGAUUUGAUAUUACCCACAGUUCUAAAAUACAAGCCACCAUCCCUACCCUGAAAAAGGUACCAAGAAAAAAGUUGCUGGUGAAAAGUAUAAUUAUAAUGAUUUCAUUAGCAAUGCCUACAGCUGCUCUGAUUUUACAAAUGGCUGCUGUAUGAAAAGCUUCAAAACCUGCACUCAGAAUAUUUGGUGCCAUGCAAAUGAUAUCAGAGAAGUAUAUUUAAGCAUCUGUUUUAUAAAGGAGUUUAAGCCAAUUUAGUCACAUAUAAAAAAUCACAUUCUCCGCAUUUUUCAAUUAGAUAGGAUGCUUCGAGGCAUCAUUAUAGAAACAAGCAUGUGAGAAAUGCAGUAUAGGAAGCAAAGAGAACGGAAAAAUAUCUCUGGCUUUAAGUAUUUUUUUUUUAAUUAAGAAUACUUUGUUCUUUAGACUUUUCCCCAAAAUGAGAAAAAAUGAACUUUUUUUAAAUUUGCUUUUUUUAGUAAGUAAUAAUAUUUAUUAAGGGGGAGACUUCUUUUAAUUAAUGUGAACACUUUUUCCUCUUCAAAUGGCUUAUUAAAAUUCUAGCUCUUAGAAAGGCAUUAUUGAGAUAUGCAAAAUACAGAAAAUUAAAAUAAUAAUGAAACUCCUUUACAAGAAAAAAUUCUGCUUACACAGGUAUAAUACAAGGCUGACUUCUGAGGUUUGUACACUCUAUUCAGAGAUAACUUCUAAAUACUCUCAAUUCUAAUUACAGGGUGAAUGCAACUUCCCUACUAGCUUUACAAAAUACACAAUUCUGCUCUUCCAGGCAGUCUGAUUCUUGCUGGAAUAUGAUUGCAGCUAUUUGGUAGCCUUGAUCAAAGAAAACCAAAGAAAAUUGUCUGUAAAGUGGACACUAGAAAUAGAGAUCUCAGUGGCUUUGCCAGAGCCAUUGAUGAGCAUUUGCUCCUGAGGAGAAAAUAAGAGGAGACUGUGGUAAUUACUUGGGGGGAGGGGAAUGCGAGGAAUGGGGCUGCUGAACUUGAGAAUAUUUUAGAGUAAAUGAAACUGGACAAAAGAAUAUUGGGUAAGAGAAGAACUAAACAUCAGAAAUGAAAAUGAAAGAAAGUGGAUUCACAAUUCAGCUGUUUUUGUUCUUUAGAAAUGUAAGUUCUGUGCUUGAAUACAUAGAUAGCUUUGGAAGUAAAUUAGAAUUACCUAAGAAAACAAAGCAUUAAAAAUAGUAGUUGUUUGUGUAAUUACCUUAAGUUGACCCUAUUCCGCUUUGUGAUAUAAUUUUAUACAAGCAGAAUUCUAAUGUGUGGGGGUGAGGUGGUAUGAAUGAUCCUGUUAGCACUAUUAUGCUGCAGUUAUUUUGUAACCUGUCA